UGGCGCAUGCGCACUUCAACCCUUGACGGGACAACGGUAACAACACCGUGACAAGUAUAAAACUUUAUUUCUGAAUGAAAGUGCGGCACACGACCCCGAGGAUUAGUGACAUUUUACAGGCGUCUGCACGGCAUUCUGCUUUGGAAAUACGUGAUUAAAGAAGUUUUGUUGCCCCAGGAGGAGGAUUAUGGUCGCUGGAGGACUCGAAUAACUGUGUGUGUGUGUGUGUGUGUGUGUAUGUAUCACUGUUUGUGUGUUGUGUACAGGACGGAGUGAACCAACAUCACACCGACACACUUGAGUGUCACCAUGUGGUGGUUUCAGCAGGGUCUGUGCUUCCUGCCCGCAGCGCUGGUCGUCUGGACAGCGGCGUCCUUCAUCUUUGCUUACAUCACAGCGGUGGUGCUGAAACAUGUGGAUCCUCUUGUGCCCUACAUCAGCGACACAGGAACAGUGGCACCAGAGAGGUGUGUGUUUGGCAUCAUGCUGGAUGUGUCAGCCUUUUUAGGUUUGGCCACGGUGUACGUGCGUUACAAACAGGUGGAGGCUCUGACGGGUGAGGACGAGCUCAGACUCAGCAGACUGAACCGCUUCGGGCUGCUGCUCGGUUUCAUCAGCUGCUUUGGGAUGUGCGUGGUCGCCAACUUCCAGAAGACCACGCUGUUCUCCAUGCACCUGGUGGGGGCGGUGCUGACCUUCGGGAUUGGGGCUCUCUACAUCCUGGUCGAGACGCUGAUCUCACUCAAAAUGCAACCUCACAUCCACAGCAAGUCCAUCUACCUGGUUCGCCUCGGCAUCGGGGUCUGGACCAUGUGCAGCAUCAUCAGCAUGUUCGUAUCAUCUGUCAUCAUGUACAGCAGUUUGCGGGGAGUGGACGUACCUCACAAACUGCACUGGACUCCUGGAGAGCCGGGCUACACGGCUCAUAUUAUCAGCACCCUGUCUGAGUGGUCUCUGGCCUUUUCCUUCAUCAGCUUCUUCCUCACCUACAUCAGAGAUUUUCAGAAAAUUACCUUGCGUGCUGAAGUGAAUUUGCAGAGUAGCCACCUGUACGACUGGGCGCAUGGUGGCGUUGCAGCAUCACAUCACCACAAGCGUGAAGCCUCCGAGUCGUCUCCACUGCUGGCAGGAGGAACAUGACCAGCAGCAGAACAUCCUGCAAGAACUGUUUAACACUGAGUUUUCUUAUCAUGUUUAAAGGGUUUUUAUGAGGACUUUCUUAAAGCUGGUGGGGAGGCUCUUAAAGGGUCAGUACAGCCAAACUUAUUCUCACAGAAAUAUCAAAACCUACACAAAUAAAACCAAAACUAUCUGACUGCAGAUAUUAUAUGAGGGGAAAGAUGGAGAUGUUGUAUUGUUUUUUUGUGAUAUGGAUGAACUGACCCUUUAAACCCAAAUAUGAUGCGUGGCACUUUUCCCUCAAACUGCUUCAGUGACUUAAGCGCUGCACUUUAUAUCAUUUAUACUCAAUUUAAAGAUUUUUAAAAUGCUUCCCUGUUUUUACUUCCAGUUCUAAAUUAUAUCUGCUCUUCCGUUAUGUCACAUGGUAGAAAUUACAUUUUAUAUAUUUAUAUAUAUAAAAAUUUUGAUUGCAGGGAGAUUAUUAAACUGAGUGCUGAGUCUCUAGUCAAUGGAUUGUUUAAUAUUUUCAUUUUUUCUGACACCCGUUAUCAGUCUGUGCUUUGAUUUAGCUGCAUUACCUCUUUUUGGUGUUAGGGUUAGCAGUAAAUACUGCUGAAAAAUUUCCCGUUUUUACUGUGAUAGCCAGGUGGAUAUUUCUGAAACUUUGCACUGUUUACUAUAAACUUUGCUCUCCUGUAGGUGGCGCUGGUCAGCGGGUGUAGAACUAGUCUGACCAAAGCUGAACAGCGCCCCCUGCUAGAGAAUCAGCAGCCUGAUAAAUAUCAUUGUAUUAACAGGUGCUGUAUUGUGCCACUAUUGUAAUUAUAUAUUUUUACAGUGUUCAAUUAAUAUAAAGGUAUUCUAAAUUUAUUCAGGCUGUAUUUAAAGAAUAUAUAAAUAAUCUCAAAUUAAAAAAAUUAAAUAGCAUUUAAUUUGCCAAUUAAUCAUUCUGUUCCUUUAUUCUGGAUUAAUGAGUGAGUAACUGAAUUUUAAAACAACUGACAACAGCUUUUAAUUACACUUUAGUUAAUUAACUAGUUUCUUACAUCCACCUUUAUAGGUCAGCAGUCAACAUCGUCACUGCCUGUGCUGACACAUUACUGUAGUUUUAAAUUAAAAACUGUUUCUGUUUAAUGUGUUGAAUGUUAAGAGGUGUAAGCAUCCACAGUACAAACACAGAGAGGCAGCAGAGUUCUGAUUGGUCAGUCUCCUGUCAACACACGUCAGCUGGCCAAUCAGAGCUGCUGCUGCUGUUUGGGUUGAACUACAUGGAAUUUCAGGUGGCACAGUGUUGACAUUUGUUUUACAAAUAAAGGGAACGGUCUCUA